CAUCCUACCGAGUCAAACCCAUCUGUGCUGUUUAGCUGCAACAAGGAGCCAAAUUCUCGGUUAUUGGAAUUUUAAGAGACAGAAAAAGUCACAUUUAAAGGAAAUGGAAGACGACGUCUUAACGACGCUGAAGAUUUUGAUAAUUGGAGAGAGUGGCGUUGGGAAGUCAAGCCUCCUCCUAAGAUUCACAGAUGACACGUUUGACCCGGAGCAAUCAGCCACCAUUGGUGUCGAUUUCAAGGUGAAGACCUUAUCUGUGGAUGGUAACAAGGCAAAGCUGGCAAUCUGGGACACUGCUGGCCAGGAGCGCUUUCGAACCCUGACACCAAGUUAUUACCGUGGAGCCCAGGGAGUCAUCCUGGUGUAUGAUGUCACCAGAAGAGAUACCUUCACAAAGCUUGACAACUGGCUGAACGAGCUGGAGACCUACUGUACCAGGAACGACCUGGUUAAAAUGCUGGUAGGAAACAAAAUCGAUAAGGAUAACCACGACGUAGACAGAGCUGAAGGACUGAAGUUUGCAAGAAAACAUUCCAUGCUUUUCAUCGAGGCCAGUGCAAAGACGAAGGACGGUGUUCAGUGUGCGUUUGAGGAGCUGGUGGAGAAGAUCAUCCAGACACCUGGUUUGUGGCAGAGCGAGAGCCAUGGCAGAGCCGUUCAGCUCACAGAUGAAGAUGCCGGUGGCGGAUCCUGCGGCGGCUACUGUUCCCUGCUUUAAAAACACACACAUAUGACGCCCCCCCCACCCUAACACCCAGCCAGCCGCCGCCUCUCCAUCUGUGUCUGGUCCUAAGCGGAGCUGUCUACCCAGACUGACUUUUAAACAGUCCAUCAUCCCUAAUCUGACUCUAAUUUUGCACAAUUAACAUAAACGUUUCUGCCGUUACAUUGUGUUUUACUUCUAUAACCUUGUUCAAAGUAUGAACUCUUUGUUUUUAUGCUCCUAUCAAGUUGUUUUAGUCGGUUAUAAAAGUGUAAGCCAAAGUUUGUCCGUCUUUUAAUGUGAUCAUAAUGGAAAGGCUUUGGGUUCCCAUUUCCUGCAUGCCGUUCUUGUCCUAGGAGCUUGUUGCCUUAGCAACCGCAUCCAUAUCGAUGCUGGGCUUUUCUGCAGUGCUAGUCUUCCUCUUGCGCUUCAUUCCGUCCCUCCUGCUACAGACUGUCGUUACGCCGCUGCUCGUGGAGGAGCUCGUGAAUCCAGUUCCUGCCGUCGUCCGCCUCACCACUUGUAUUCAGAGGCUCGGCGCACGCAUCCUCUGCACAACUGACUCUUUAUUUCAGUGUUUGAAAUGAUGUUUUGGUUUAGUUUACUUGAACAUCAAAGCUUUGCUUUAUUUUUCUUUCCUUUUUUUUUUAAGUACGCAUGAAUCAAAUAGGCUGGAACCGGCGAGACUGAACUACGACGUGGAAGAAGGAAUCUUUUGAAACUGCCUUUCUUCUUUUGAUGGACUGGCACUCACUCAAACCAGACCGAGGAUGUCAGAAAUAUUGCUGUAAUCCAUCAGAAAGAUCUCUUAACUGUGCAUUUCCAGUAUCACAGAAAAGCUGUGCUUCUAAAUGCUGAUGGAUUUCACAUUACAGAUCCGUGGAAACUAGAUCUGUGAGCAUGUCGGUGGUGUCUGAAUGCUGGUAUCCUUGGUGAGAGAUCUAUACAUGUCUAACCACAUGUAGCCGGUGUUCAACUUUUUAUUUACGUUCGCAUAGGCGAUCCUUGUGCCAUUCUUUGUGUUCGUCUGUCCUGGGAGAUAUUAUAAACUUUUAUUCUAAAGAUUUUAACUUAUAUUAACACAUUACAUAUGUGGCCGUUUGAAUUUUAGAUUAGCUACACAAUAAGGAAUUAGAUUUUUAUGACCUUAUGAAAAUAAGUGCUUUUUUUUUUAUUUUUGUGGUUGGAAACGCGUUGAACCAUGUAAACCUUGUAAAUUGUACAUUUUAAGAUUUAAUUGUAUGAAUUGUAAAGUGGAAUGUACACAUAUCUGACUUCAAGCCGCCCCUGUAUUAAACUCAAUAAAACUCCUUUU